AACUUCUUCAAUGGGUUCCCGACUCCGACGCUGGAGAGUGUGGGCGGGCGUGCGUGCGUUCCGAGCGAUACAAAAAAGAACCGUUUAAUUAUUUCUUCUUCCUGUGCCUCUCGUAUCUCGGUCUGUGUUCGCUCCUGCACGUGCUUCGUUCUGCCCUUCCUCAUGUCGCAUUCGCUCCCAAGGCCUACCUCGUGCGAUAAGGACUCGAGCUAGGCCCAGACAUGCCGGGCGAAGAACGAAAACUCGGUCUCAUCCCUUCCAUUCGGAAAACUCAACUCGUGAAGUCUCCGAAGACCUUGCCUCCUAAGGCCUUGCCUCCGAAGACCUUGCCUCUACCAGGAGAUGUGACCGAAGGUGAGGAGGAAAGGUGUCCGGGGUGCGGAAUGUCCUACGACCGAGGGAAGAAGCGUCGCCUCGUGGAGGACUGCGGUCAUCAGCGAUGUCUCACCUGCAUCUGUCACCAUCCCCUCUGCCCUUUCUGUCAGGAUGCGAGCCUUUUCUAUGGGCAAGAGGCCAAGCGAUUAAUAUUGCCAGCUCCGGCACUUCACGCGAAUCGCUCUCACGUGAAGACCAAUGGCCACUUCUCCCCUUCCAUGAAGGCAAGUAUCGGAUGA